GGGGGUGGGGUACAGUACGGUGCGUCGGCGCCAUGCGACUCGACCAGAACGACACACUGCAAACGACAGUCAGACAAUUGGUAAUGUCGUGCUCAAACAGUAUUUUAUCUAUUACGAAACCCAAAAGGAGGGCAAUUCACCACGUGAUUAAAUAAUUUAGCUGGGAUGCCGCCGCUCUCCAAUUUCGUUUGUAUUGUUUUAGGAGUCUUCCAAAACUUACACGGUAGCAGCGCGUGAAAAGAGCUAGGUUUAAAGGGGUGCUCGCUCUGCCUUAAAGCAUGGAGACGGAGAGCGCAAAGGAAAGCGCCGUCGUGACCGAUUUGGACAGGGACCAGCAGUAUUGUGAGCUUUGUGGAAAGAUGGAAAACCUGCUUAAAUGUGGACGAUGUCGGAACUCGUUCUACUGUAGUAAAGAACACCAGAAAUCGGACUGGAAGAAGCACAAGCAGUUUUGUAAAGAGGCCGAAAAACCUCAGUGUCAGCCGCAGCCCGAAUCAACACAACGGCCCGCACGGACUGCGAAAGGAGGGCAAGGCAAGCAGUUAAAAAAGAAAAGCACCGAGCAACCGAAUGACACAGCUUCUCAGAGCACCACAAACACUGGACGUUCAAAUCCGCCUGCAGAUGGCGAAAGAAUGAAAGAUUUGAUUACUUCGCCAACUCGCUCGGGUAGUGUGUCUGACAGCAAGCAGACUGGGGAAGGAAUUAAGCUCAGCUAUAAAACCAACGGACAAACGAUGUCCCCCCCGCAAAAACUGGCUAUGAACUAUAUCGUUCCAUGUAUGAAUAAGCAUGGCAUCUGUGUUGUUGACAAUUUCCUUGGAGAAGAGACUGGACUGAGUAUUUUGGAAGAUGUGAGAGCCCUCCACAAGACUGGUAAAUUUACUGACGGACAGUUGGUUAGUCAAAGAAGCGACUCCACUAAAGAUAUACGAGGAGACAAAAUAACUUGGACUGAAGGAAGAGAGCCUGGUUGUGAGAAGAUAGCCUUUCUCAUGAGUCGCAUGGACGACCUGGUCCGACACUGUAAUGGUAAACUGGGAAACUACAGAAUAAAUGGAAGGACGAAAGCUAUGGUGGCCUGUUACCCGGGCAACGGGACUGGGUAUGUACGCCACGUGGAUAACCCUAACGGCGAUGGGAGAUGUGUAACGUGUAUUUACUAUCUCAAUAAAGACUGGGAGGCUAAGGAACACGGAGGAAUCCUGAGGAUUUUCCCAGAGGCCAAGGCACAGUUCGCCGACAUCGAACCUAAGUUCGACCGCCUGCUCUUCUUCUGGUCGGACCGGCGGAACCCCCAUGAGGUGCAGCCGGCAUACCACACCAGGUAUGCCAUAACAGUGUGGUAUUUUGAUGCCGAUGAACGAGCUCGGGCCAAGGAGAAAUACCUAACAAGUGCAGGAGAAAAGGGAGUAAAGGUAGAAUUGAACAAGCCGUCGAAUCUGAGCUAAUAUGAGAGAAGCGGUUGGUCCUGAGGCGCCACUGCCAUCACCUGCUGCUGCUGUGGACAGAUUCGGAACGAGGGAUGGAUGGAGGGAGGGAGGGAAGGAAGGAAGAAGGAUGGUGGGAUGAAGAGGAGAGAGACGAAAGAAACCAACUCGGACUAGUCCGCUUUCUUUACACUUCAUAUCCAAAGUUGACACACACACAACACACACACAGAGACCCUGAAUGUGAUGUCAUUGCACUGCAAGGACUCAUCAUUAUUUCCCAGGUUUCUGUUUUUGCUUGUUGCUUUGAUUUUUUGCCUUUGUAGAAUGUGUAGAAUGCCAGUGUAAAAAUUAGCUUUUGGAGAGAAAAAAUAUGUAUGGAGGGAGCCGAAUGCAAAGAAAUUGUAUUCUUGUGAAUUUUGGGGUGAUGUAAGAAGGGUACCCAUAUGUGCUUAUCUGUCAGACCGGUUGUCAUGGUCUCCAUCGGAUGGAUCUCUCACUGUUAAAAAAGAAAAAAAAGGUACAGAAGACUGUGUAUGAUGUCCCUCGACAGGAGGUUGUGACACACUGUCCGGCUAUUGCCUGAUGCACACUAUAAGGCCGACUCAAACCAUACUGUGCUGAUUCGGAUACUUUCUUUCCACAUGAUCCUUUGCAGCACGGUUCGAGUAAAUGAGGAUGAUGCCUAACCACGCCAGAACAGUACAGUAUGGUUUGGCUUAGUAGAGUGAAAAGGCUAUUAAUAGCUUAAGCUGCACUGACUCGAACACGACAGAAGUUUUCACGUUUGUGCAAACGGGCUGUAGUGAUUUCCACAUUGCAGGCGUAUGUUGAUUGCGGUGCUGUUCUGUGUCCUGGCAGCCAUUGCAUGGUAACUGGGUCCUGUUCAUUAGGCACCAAACAGAAGGAAAUGGACUGAAACUGACAUGCUCGUUCUCCGUGGCAAAAGCAUUUUAAAAAGGUUCCUUGCGUGCCCUUAUGAACACGGCCCUGUGUCCGUUACAGGAGCAUCCUAACCUGCGAACAGAGAUCUGUCUAUUGUUGCAGGCGUAAUAUCACCGUUGUCUUAAAAACCAAAAACGGACACCUGCCUAUUAGCCCUGCAGCGACCUUGCAGCUCUGAAGUUUAGUUUUGAAUAAAAAGGCUGAUUUUGUAAGUGCAGUUUGA